AUGGAAGAAUUUAUCUGCGAACCCCCCUUUGUAGUCCGGUACGGAGAAUUUUUCCGCGAUUCUUCCGGCCGCAACACCAGCCGGUGCCUGCACAAUGAGAGGGAAUGUGAACUGCCUUUGGUCGAUCUCGGAGGUCUGAGUAGCGACGACGAGCGGGAGAGGCAGACCUGCGUCGCGGCCAUGGCGGAAGCUUCGUCGGCGUGGGGCUUCUUUCAGGUUGUGAACCACGGGAUCAGCCGAGAGCUCCUCGAGGAGAUGAGGAGGGAACAGAAGAGCCUGUUUGAGAUGCCCUUCGAGAGGAAGUCCAGCUGCUGCAAGCUCCUCAACGGGUCUUACCGGUGGGGAACGCCGACCGCCACGCGCGCCAGCCAGCUCAACUGGUCUGAGGCCUUCCACAUCCCUCUUGCCAACAUCUGCGAGGGGAACGAGGACCCCUCCAAUGGAGACGAGGAAGAAUUCACCUCGCUAAGGUAACAACACCACCCCUUCCCUCUCUCACUGCUUCACUCCGUUCUUCCCAUUUCAAGGUCGGGCUUUCUGGUGUGCUCCACCAGGUGCAAUGGCCAUGAAUAAUAUCCGUCUUGACAUGCAGAGAGAUUCUUCCACCUUGUCAGGGAGGCAAUGGAGAGGUUCGCCGGUGCCAUCUCCGAGCUCGCCGCGACGAUCGCCGGUGUCCUCGCCGGCAACCUGGGCCACCGGGGGAAGCUCCCGGCGGAGAGCUGCAGCAAGGCGUCGUGCUUCCUCCGCCUCAACCGCUACCCGAGGUGCCCUUUCUCGCAGGAGGCCUUUGGGCUGGUGCCGCACACAGACAGCGAUUUCAUCACCGUCCUCCAUCAAGACCAGGUCGGUGGGUUACAGCUGAUGAAGGAUUCCAACUGGGUUGCCGUCAGACCGAACCCCGACGCUCUCAUCGUCAACAUCGGAGACCUUUUCCAGGUGAGCCCCGCCGCGCGGCAACGCGCCACUCGUCUCCGUAGCUCAUUUUUCCACAGUCACAGCUGGCUCCACCGCAGAUUCGUCCGCCGUUGACAUCGGGGGCCUCCUCACAUGGGGACACCCGAUACGAAGUGGACUGAUACCAUGAAUACUUUUUACACGCAAUCGCCGGUCACUGUUCUAUAAAUCUUCAUAAUUGUGUAUACAAACCGUAGUUCGAAAUGUAUGAUUUCACCGUUUGUAUCGCGUGAAUUUCUCCUCUUGAGAUGAAUAUAUGUCAUAUUUUCGCAAAACUCUAGUGAAUUUUUCAAGGGAGCAGCACGUCCUCGAGUCGAACCCGCUCACACAGAAAAGUCAACUUCCCCAGUUAACGAGAUGCUAAUGUGGCCAACAAUCGUUACCUUGGUCCCCAAAAAAAUUGUUAUAAUUCACCCCCUCAAAAAGUUUUUUUCUCCUGUAAUUGAAAACCCCAGGAAGAUGCGCUCUGCGCGGCAGACAACCCUCAUAGUUUACUAAAGGAAGGUUGAUGCACCAAGUAUGUCAACUCUUGCGGCGGAUCAUGCUCAUCCGGAGCCCAACUUUUGGGGAAAGAGGGGCCGCUUUCCGGCGGAGUUGGCCGCCAGCGGGACCCUUCUGCUUCUUCGCCGUCAUCAUCUUCUUCUUCUCCUUCUGACGGGAGCUUUUCCUUGGGCUUGUCGGCAGGCGUGGAGCAACGACGUGUACAAGAGCGUAGAGCACCGGGUCCUCGCCUGCAGCGAGAAGGAGAGGUACUCCGUCGCCUACUUCAUGUGCCCCUCAUUCGAUUCGGUCAUCGGCUCCUGCAGCGAGCCCUCCCCCUACCGGAAGUUCACUUUCGGCGAGUACCGCCGCCAGGUGCAAGAGGACGUCAACGCCACCGGCCAGAAAAUCGGCCUCCCCAGAUUCCUCCGCUAG